CUGCCAAGCCCGCUUCUACCUCAGACCUCUGCCAGCGGCGUCAUCUUCCCCAACCCGCUGGUCAGCAUCGCGGCCACGGCCAACGCCCUGGACCCGCUGUCCGCGCUCAUGAAGCACCGCAAGGGCAAGCCGCCCAAUGUGUCAGUGUUCGAGCCCAAGGCCAGUGCCGAGGACCCGUUUUUCAAGCACAAAUGCCGCUUCUGCGCCAAGGUCUUCGGCAGUGACAGCGCGCUCCAGAUCCACCUGCGCUCGCACACGGGCGAGCGGCCCUUCAAGUGCAACAUCUGCGGGAACCGCUUCUCCACCAAAGGCAACCUGAAGGUGCACUUCCAGAGGCACAAGGAGAAGUACCCCCACAUCCAGAUGAACCCCUACCCGGUCCCCGAGUACCUGGACAAUGUGCCCACUUGCUCGGGCAUUCCCUACGGCAUGUCGUUGCCCCCAUCGGUGGAUGGCGCUCCCACGAGCCUCGGCAGCCCCGGGCUGCCCGCCGUCUCCGAGCAGUUCAAGGCCCAGUUUCCGUUCGGCGGGCUGCUGGACUCGAUGCAAACGUCGGAAACCUCGAAGCUGCAGCAGCUGGUGGAGAACAUCGACAAGAAGAUGACGGACCCGAACCAGUGCGUCAUCUGCCACCGGGUGCUGAGCUGCCAGAGCGCGCUGAAGAUGCACUACCGGACGCACACGGGGGAGCGGCCGUUCAAGUGCAAGAUCUGCGGCCGCGCCUUCACGACCAAGGGCAACCUCAAGACGCACUUCGGCGUGCACCGCGCCAAGCCGCCCCUGCGCGUUCAGCACUCCUGCCCCAUCUGCCAGAAGAAGUUCACCAACGCCGUGGUCCUGCAGCAGCACAUUCGCAUGCACAUGGGCGGCCAGAUCCCCAACACGCCGCUGCCCGAGGGCUUCCAGGAUGCCAUGGACUCCGAGCUGGCCUACGACGACAAGAACGCGGAGAUUCUGAGCAGCUACGACGACGACAUGGACGAGAACUCCAUGGAAGACGACGCCGAGCUGAAGGACGCGGCCAGCGACCCGGCCAAGCCGGCCCGGGAGGCAGGGGCGGCCGAGGCAGCGCAAACACGGCGUCGUGUGAACUACCUCAUUUUCGUGCGUUGCAAGCGUGCUGGAGUAGAUGUGUAUAAGAGACAGGCCCCAGGCAGUGGAGGCGCCCCCGGCCGCGCGGGCAUCAAGGAGGAGGCGCCCUUCAGCCUGCUGUUCCUGAACAGGGAGCGGGGUCCCAGCCAAAGCACUCCUAGCCUGAUCUCCAGCGCCGCACCCACCAUGAUCAAAGUGGAAGUGAACGGUCACGGCAAGGCCAUGGCGCUGGGCGAGGGUCCCCCGCUGCCCGCGGGCGUCCAGGUCCCCGCCGGGCCUCAGACAGUGAUGGGCCCGGGCCUGACGCCCAUGCUGGCCCCCCCGCCGCGCCGGACGCCCAAGCAGCACAACUGCCAGUCGUGCGGGAAGACCUUCUCCUCGGCCAGUGCCCUGCAGAUCCACGAGCGCACGCACACCGGCGAGAAGCCGUUCGGUUGCACCAUCUGCGGCCGGGCCUUCACCACCAAGGGCAACCUCAAGGUGCACAUGGGGACACACAUGUGGAAUAACGCCCCCGCGAGACGCGGCCGCCGCCUGUCUGUGGAGAACCCCAUGGCUCUCCUAGGGGGCGAUGCCCUGAAGUUCUCUGAAAUGUUCCAGAAGGACCUGGCGGCUCGGGCAAUGAACGUGGACCCCAGUUUUUGGAACCAGUAUGCUGCAGCCAUCACGAACGGGCUCGCCAUGAAGAACAACGAGAUCUCCGUCAUCCAGAACGGAGGCAUCCCCCAGCUCCCCGUGAGUCUCGGGGGCAGCGCCCUCCCGCCUCUGGGCACCAUGGCCAGUGGGAUGGACAAAGCGCGUACCGGCAGUAGCCCACCCAUCGUCAGCUUGGACAAAGCAAGCUCAGAAACAGCAGCCAGCCGCCCAUUCACACGGUUUAUCGAGGACAACAAGGAGAUUGGUAUCAACUAGCCAGUGACUCGCUCAUCUGCCCUGCCCAGGCCCACGUUUUGAAGUUGGAGCGCCAGGCCUCUGACCUUCCUUGCCUCGGUUCUCAUUACACUUUCACCCAUAGCAGAAAACACUUUGUGCGACUGCUGAGAGGUGGUCUUGUAAGUGCUGCAUGGCGCCCCCUUCAACAACAAGCCUGACUGUUCUUGAGAACUCUGCAACCUUUUACAUAAGUUUCCGUCAAAAAAAAGUGCUUGGAAAACCGCCUUAGGAACAGAAAGAGCUCAGACCAUGUCCACUUCCUUUCUCCUGAAACCCAAUA